AUGAAUUGGGUUCGUGGAGACUUCUUAGGCAGUGGAAGUUUUGCCACGGUCAAUUUAGCCAAACACAUUAAACCCUCCGUUAACAUUCCGUCUCUCACUGCCGUCAAAUCAUGUGAAUUCUCCCAUUCUCUUUCACUCCAAAAGGAGAAAAAUAUAUUGGAACGUUUAAGAUCAUGCCCACACAUUAUUCACUGUUUUGGUCACGAUUUAACUAUUGAAAACGGAGAAGAGUAUUACAAUAUUUUUCUAGAAUAUGCAAAUUGCGGAACUCUCAAUGAUCAACUCAAGAAUUACGACGGUAAGCUCCCCGAAAAACUCGUUCGUCGCUACACAAGAUCCGUGGUUAAAGGCCUCAAGUAUAUUCACGAAAACGGUUUUGUUCAUUGUGAUUUGAAACCACCAAACAUUCUCGUAUUCGACAACGACAACGUUAAGAUAUCAGAUUUCGGUCUUGCAAAAGAGAUGGGAGUGGAAGAAGAUAAAAAGAUGAAAUGCAAAGGAACUCCAAUGUUUAUGUCACCGGAAGCCGUGAUGGACAAUGUGUAUGAAUCUCCCGUAGAUAUCUGGGCUCUCGGUUGCACUGUUUUGGAGAUUCUUACCGGAGAACCCGCAUGGGAUAUAAGUUACAACACAGACCCGUUGAAGUUGUUGGUUCAUAUUGGGGUUAGCAAAGAAGUACCAUUGAUUCCAGAAAAAAUAUCAGAAGAAGCAAAAGAUUUUCUUGAAAAAUGUCUUGUUAGGGAUCCACUGAAAAGAUGGAGUGCUGAGAUGCUUUUGAAACACCCUUUUAUAUCGGAUGAUGAAACUGUUUCUUCGGUUAAGGAGUCAACGUUUUCAUCAACUUCUCCAGUUACUCACUUUGGGUUUUCAAAUUGGAGUUCUUCAACUGUUACAACAUUGCCUUACAGUUCAAUAGAAGCUGACUAUUGUUUUUUAUCACAAGAAAAAAACCUACUAGAUUGUUGGCCGGAAGAGAUGCUUACCACCUCUGAGAAAUCGUUAGAUUUGUUAGAAUAUGACGAAUGGUGUUUUGUUAUAUCCAAUUAG